UGGCGCCGGCGGGGACGGGAUGCAGCAGGUGACGGAAGUACCGCUUCCUCCCGUCUGACGCCCCUCAGGGGACCCUGCGCCGCUCCAGCCGCCGCGGCCAUGUCUGGGCUAGGCAACAAACGCGCCGCCGGCGACGGGGGCUCAGGGCCCCCGGAGAAGAAGCUGAGUCGUGAGGAGAAGACCACCACCACUCUCAUCGAGCCCAUUCGUCUUGGAGGCAUCUCUUCCACGGAGGAGAUGGACCUGAAGGUACUACAGUUCAAGAACAAAAAACUGGCAGAGCGGCUGGAACAACGGCAGGCUUGUGAAGAUGAACUCCGAGAACGAAUUGAGAAGUUGGAGAAGCGGCAGGCCACAGAUGAUGCCACACUCCUCAUCGUCAAUCGCUACUGGGCCCAGCUGGAUGAAACUGUGGAAGCCCUUCUCCGAUGCCAUGAGGGCCAGGGCGAGCUGUCUUCAGCGCCUGAAGCACCUGGGACCCAGGAGGGGCCCACAUGUGAUGGGACUCCUCUCCCAGAGCCGGGGACAUCAGAGCUGAGGGAGCCCUUGCCAUUGCAGCUGCGGCCCCCUCUCAGUGAGCCGGCCUUGGCUUUUGUGGUGGCACUGGGUGCCAGCAGCAGUGAGGAGGUGGAGCUGGAGCUGCAAGGCCGAAUGGAGUUCUCUAAGGCAGCUGUGUCUCAUGUGGUAGAGGCCUCAGACCGCCUACAGCGCCGGGUGGAGGAACUCUGUCAGCGAGUGUAUAGCCGAGGGGACAGUGAGCCCCUCAGUGAGGUGGCUCGGGCACGCACCCGAGAGCUGGGCCGUGAGAACCGGCGACUGCAGGACUUGGCCACCCAGCUGCAGGAGAAACACCACCGCAUCUCAUUGGAGUACUCCGAGCUCCAGGAUAAAGUGACGUCGGCAGAGACCAAGGUGUUGGAGAUGGAGACAACAGUGGAGGACUUGCAGUGGGACAUUGAGAAGCUGCGGAAGCGAGAGCAAAAGCUCAAUAAGCACCUGGCAGAGGCCUUAGAGCAGCUGAACUCUGGCUACUAUGUGUCUGGGAGCUCCUCAGGCUUCCAGGGGGGCCAGAUCACACUCAGCAUGCAGAAGUUUGAGAUGCUGAAUGCAGAGUUGGAGGAAAACCAGGAAUUGGCCAACAGCCGCAUGGCAGAGCUGGAGAAACUGCAGGCUGAACUUCAGGGGGCUGUGCGGACCAAUGAGCGCCUCAAGGUGGCCUUGCGGAGCCUUCCCGAGGAGGUAGUGCGGGAGACAGGGGAGUACCGCAUGCUGCAGGCCCAGUUCUCACUGCUCUACAACGAGUCUCUGCAAGUGAAGACCCAGCUGGACGAGGCUCGGGGCCUGCUGCUGGCCACCAAAAACUCCCACCUGCGACAUAUAGAGCACAUGGAGAGCGACGAGCUGGGGCUGCAGAAGAAGCUGCGCACAGAGGUCAUUCAGCUGGAGGACACCCUGGCCCAGGUACGCAAGGAGUACGAGAUGCUGCGCAUCGAGUUUGAGCAGAAUCUGGCGGCCAACGAGCAGGCGGGGCCCAUCAACCGUGAGAUGCGCCACCUGAUUAGUAGUCUUCAGAACCACAACCACCAGCUAAAAGGGGACGCCCAGCGAUACAAGCGGAAGCUUCGAGAAGUACAAGCUGAGAUUGGCAAGCUCCGGGCCCAGGCCAGUGGCUCUACCCACUCCACCCCCAACCUGGGCCACCCAGAGGACUCUGGCCUCAGUGCCCCAGCCCCAGGGAAAGAGGAGGGUGGGCCAGGCUCUGUCAGUACCCCUGACAACAGAAAGGAAAUGGCUCCAGUGCCUGGCACCACCACUACUACCACUUCAGUGAAGAAGGAGGAGCUGGUCCCCUCUGAAGAGGAUGUCCAGGGCUUAACCCUUGGGGCCCAGGGCCCUUCCUCCCGGGGCCGAGAACCCGAGGCCAGGCCCAAGCGGGAGCUUCGGGAACGAGAAGGUCCUGGCUUGGGUCCUCCACCUGUAGCCUCCGCUCUCUCGAGGGCCGAUCGGGAGAAGGCCAAGGUGGAAGAAGCCAAGAGGAAGGAAUCAGAACUCCUCAAGGGUCUCCGAGCAGAGCUCAAGAAGGCCCAGGAGAGCCAGAAGGAGAUGAAACUGCUGCUGGAUAUGUACAAGUCAGCACCCAAGGAACAGCGGGAUAAGGUGCAGCUCAUGGCAGCAGAACGCAAGGCCAAGGCCGAGGUUGAUGAGCUGCGGAGCCGCAUCCGGGAAUUGGAGGAGAGGGAUCGAAGGGAGAGCAAGAAGAUCGCGGAUGAGGAUGCCCUGCGGCGCAUUCGGCAGGCAGAGGAGCAGAUAGAACACCUGCAGCGCAAGCUGGGUGCCACCAAGCAGGAGGAGGAGGCUCUGCUCUCAGAGAUGGAUGUGACAGGUCAGGCUUUUGAGGACAUGCAGGAACAGAAUGGGCGGCUGCUACAGCAGUUGCGGGAAAAGGACGAUGCCAACUUUAAGCUGAUGUCAGAGCGGAUCAAGGCCAAUCAGAUUCACAAGCUGCUGCGGGAGGAGAAGGAUGAGUUGGGCGAGCAGGUCCUUGGCCUCAAGUCCCAGGUGGAUGCCCAGCUGCUGACUGUGCAGAAGCUGGAGGAGAAGGAGCGGGCCUUGCAGGGCAGCCUUGGGGGUGUGGAGAAGGAGCUGACGCUGCGCAGCCAAGCCCUGGAGCUCAACAAGCGGAAGGCUGUAGAAGCCGCCCAGCUGGCCGAGGACCUGAAGGUGCAGCUGGAGCACGUGCAGACUCGGCUGCGGGAGAAAAAAAAAAAACUGGCAGAGAGCCGGGCUGCUCGUGAGAAAGAGAGUUUCAACCUAAAAAAAAAAAAGGAGGACAUCUCACGGCUGCGGCGCAAGCUGGAAAAGCAAAAAAAAAAAAAGGUCUAUGCAGAUGCUGACGAAAUCCUCCAGGAGGAGAUCAAGGAGUAUAAGGCUGGGCUUACCUGCCCCUGCUGUAAUACCCGCAAGAAGGAUGCAGUCCUUAAAAAAAAAAAACACGUUUUCUGCUUCGAGUGCGUGCGGGGCCGCUAUGAGGCCCGCCAGAGGAAGUGCCCCAAGUGCAACGCGGCCUUUGGUGCCCACGACUUCCAUCGUAAAAAAAAAAACUGAACCUGAAACUCGGGACUCUGGAACACCAUGGACCCUGGGGGCUGUGCCCCCAGCCCCUCCCUACCCCAGGUCUAGUGACCCCACCCUCCAUUCCGAAAAAAAAAAACCCAGCCCCUGCCCACCUAGUUGGUUUGGGGACCCUGGUGCGUGCUAGUGGGCAUGGGAUCAGCCAAGCUUCGUUCCAUCUUUCCUAAAGGUCAGAGCUGCAGCCUAGGGGGCACUGCCCUACAGAAAAGGUCUGCCUGAGAGGCCUGAGGAGCAAAAAAAAAAAGACUGAGCCUCCUGGAAACUGGCCCUAACCUGUCUGUCUCCAUGAAAAAAAAAAAGCCCUAAGGAAAAUUCCCCAGGCUGUGAUCUCCUACUCUAGAGAAGGCUCGCUCCCUGCCUACUGGCUCACAAAUGGGGACCUGUGGGCCAUGUCCUUAAAAAAAAAAAAAGACUGGGCUACAAGCCCCAAGAAGAAUUUCCUUCACCCACCAUCCCCCUCACCUCAGCAGGGCUUCUGUCCUGUGGAGUUCCCUGGACACCUUGGUCUGGCUCUUGUGCCAAGGGCUGAAGGAGGUACCCUCCUGGCAGACAGGGACAUCACUUGCUUCCUUUGGGAAGCUCUAAGGUUGCUGCAGUCACCUUCCUCAUCUUGCAGGUAAAAAAAAAAAAUCAUCAGUUUCUAUUCUAAUCGGGCCCCUUCCCAAUCUCCACUAAAAAAAAAAAUCCAUUUACUCCCACCUCUUGCAUCCCAAGGCUCUAC